UUCCCUCGAGUGCUCUCCUCUUCGAUCUCAAAUUCUUCCUAUUGUAAACCCUACAAAUCAAACCAAAUCGAAACCCCAAUUACGUAGUAGAAGAACAAUUUCGAGUAAUCAAUGGAGAAGGAGGUGAUCCUCUCCGAAUCCUCCCCUUCGACCUCCUUCUCAUCCGAGCCCAGAUUAAUCUGCCGAGUUUGCCAGAGGCAGUUCUCGCAGUACACUUGCCCUCGCUGCAACACUCGAUACUGCUCCCUCGAGUGCUACAAAAGGCACAGCCUUCGAUGCACUGAGUCCUUUAUGAAGGAGAAUGUGAUGGGGGAGCUGAGGCAGAUUCAGCCUGAGGAUGAAGAUAAGAGGAAGAUGCUGGAGAUUCUCAAGAGAUUCCAUUCUGAGGAGGAAGAUGAUGGUGGUGGCGAUGGCGAUGAGAUGAAUGUCGAUGAUGAAGAAGAUUCCAAGCUGUCAGAGGAACUCAUUCAGAAAGUUUUAUCUGGCGAUGAAAUCAAACUUGAAGAUCUAUCUCCAGAGGAAGUCAAACAAUUUCAUCGAGCAGUAGCCUCUGGAGAACUGAGCAAAAUGAUUCAACCGUGGACUCCAUGGUGGAAACAACCUUCAGCAAAAACCAUCUCUCUCAGCCCUCACGGAACUCAACUCAUAAAUCCCCUUCAAGAAGAAGAACAAGAUUCCAACUUCGACAAGAUUCCAUCUGGCCCAGAAACCCCAAUCCCACCACUCACCCAACUGAGCUCCACAAACCCGUCUCCUCUUCUAACAGUUCACUUAGUUGAUAUUCUCUACAGUUACUGCUUCACUCUAAGACUCUACAACGGUGAUUGGCGUUCCGAUCCUUUAGCUGCAGCCAUGGAGAUAUUGAAUAUUUCAAGUGUUUUAGGCGAUGAUGCUCGUCCAGAGACUGUCUCUGAGGCGUUGAGUUCUUGCUUGGAGAAGACGUGCUCGCCUGCGUAUAAAAAUACAGGGGGAUUUAGGUUCGGGGUUGGACUCAUCGAUGAUAUUAUUUGUAUUCUCUCUCUUGGACGAAAUGCUCUCGUAUGUAGUCUUUGUGAUCUUCAGAGGCUCGUUAGAGAUGGAGAAGAAGCGAUGAAGGGUGAGAGAGCGAGAAAGGGUAAAAGUAGUAGGAAGCUUAAAGGUGUGGAGAGAAAGGUGUAUUUUCUGAUGUGUUGGGUUUUUGAACAGCAAGAGGAGGUUUGGGCUUCAUUGGCGAGUAUUUUGGAAGUUGAGAAAGCUUCAGUUUUGGCGGUGGCUGAGGGAAGCAAGAAGCCUGUAAAGGAGGGAGAGAAUCGAAAUAAGGUUCUUAUUCAAGAGGUUUGAAGAAAUUUCUCUUUAUUGUUGUAGAUCGGAAAUCUAUAGUUAGCUGUAAACUGUAAGUCUUAUUAAGAGUUCAGGGAUUUAUCUACAAUCAAAGUUUUUGUUUUUUGUUUUAUGAAGCUUUGUUAGGGCAAGAAGGCUUUCAGGGGA